AUGGUUAAACUUGGAAUCUCAAAGGAUAUUGCACUUCGUCGUUUGCAUGGAACAGAGAGACGAUUAGCUAGGGAUAAUAAUCUAAGGGAACAUUAUGUGGAAUUCAUGCAAGAAUAUUUACGUCUGGGUCACAUGAAGAAGAUCGAAGACAUGAUUCAAGGUUCGGUUAAGCGGUGCUUUUUACCGCAUCAUCCAGUGGUCAAGGAGGAUAGUACCACUACUAAGGUUCGGGUGGUCUUUGAUGCUUCGUGUCCCACUUCUUCAGGAAUAUCUUUAAACGAUACACUUCUAUCGGGACUGGUAAUUCAAGAAGAUUUACGGUCAAUUAUUCUUCGUUCCCGAACAAAACAAAUUAUGUUGGUGGCCGAUGUUGAAAAAAUGUUUCGGCAAAUCUACAUCGUACCGGAAGAAAGACCAUUACAGUCAAUACUUUGGCGAUUUUCGGAAUCAGAGGAGAUAGGAAUCUACGAGCUGAGUACGAUUACAUACGGAAUCAAACCCGCUCCGUUCCUGGCAACGAGAACUCUUAAACAAUUCUCAUUGGAUGAGGGAGAAUUGGAACGGGCGGAAUUGAUUUGGAUCCGACGAGUUCAGCAGGAAGUUUUCCCAGAGGAAUUGAAGGCCGUGGCUAAGGGCGAUGCAGUUCCAAGACGGUCGCCAUUGAGAUGGUUUAAUCCAUAUAUUUCUGCGGACAAUAUUUUGAAGGUGGGAGGCCGAUUGAGGCAUUCGAAUGAAGCGGAGGAUACUAAACAUCCCUCAGUAUUACCAGCUCGGCAUACACUAACCCGUUUAAUAUUGAAGCAAUAUCACGAGCGUUUACUCCAUGCUGGACCUCAGCUAAUGAUGAGUGCAGUUAGACUCAGAUAUUGGCCACUUGGCGGAAGAAAUGUAGCUAGAGAGAUUGUCCACAAAUGCGUGAAAUGCUUUCGUUCCAAACCCACACUAGCACAGCAGUUCAUGGGUGAAUUACCAGCUGCAAGAGUUAGAGUAUCUCGUCCAUUCUUGCAUUCAGGAGUAGACUAUUUUGGACCAGUCUACAUACGUCCCGGUCCCCGACGCCAAUCUCAUAAGGCAUACGUGGCUGUGUUUAUUUGUCUCUGUACAAAGGCAGUCCACCUGGAAUUAGUUUCGGACUUAACAACGGAUCGUUUCAUACAAGCGUUGCGUCGAUUUGUUGCUCGUCGUGGAAAAUGUAGUAAUUUGUACUCCGAUAACGGCACGAAUUUUGUUGGGGCUCGUAAUAAAUUAAAGGAAUUAUUGAUUAUGCUGAAGGAUCAACAACACAGAGAGCAGGUGUCCAAGGUGUGUGCCGAUGAAGGUAUGCGGUGGCAUUUCAAUCCCCCCAGUGCUCCCCAUUUUGGAGGUUUAUGGGAAGCAGCAGUGCGAUCAGCGAAACACCAUCUAUUAAGGGUUAUUGGAGAGAAUCCUGUAUCAUUAGAGGACAUGAAUACCCUUCUCAUUCAGGUCGAAGCAUGCCUGAACUCAAGACCCCUCACCCCAAAUGAUUUGGAGCCGUUAACUCCCGCUAACUUCUUGGUUGGUGAAUCAUUACAAGCUAUCCCAGAACCGAAUCUUGAGGAAAUUCCCCUAAACCGUUUGAAUCAGUGGCAGCUUAUUCAACGCAGACUCCAAACGUUUUGGUCUAGAUGGCGAAAGGAAUAUUUAUCGCAACUACAAGCACGAACGAAACGAUGGCGUCCAGCAAUUAAAAUCGAAGUAGGAAAAUUGGUAAUAAUAAAGGACGACAAUUUGCCACCCAUGCGUUGGAAGCUGGGCAGAAUAAUUGAAGUCCAUCCUGGUGCCGAUGGCAUCGUCAGAGUGGUCACUCUUAAAACGGCGAAUGGCAAUCUAAAGCGUCCAGUGGAGAAAAUCUGCAUCUUACCUGUGUAG